AUGACACCUGGAGAACUAGCUCUUGCCAGUGGCAACCACACCCCAGUUACCCAGUUCAUCUUGCUGGGAUUCUCCAACUAUCCAGACCUCCAGGAGCUUCUUUUUGGAGGCUUCCUGCUCAUCUAUGCCGUGACAGUGGUGGGCAACCUGGGAAUGAUGGCGCUCAUCUUCACAGACUCCCGUCUCCACAGCCCCAUGUACUUGUUUCUCAGUGUCCUCUCUUUUCUUGAUAUUUGUUACUCUUCCAUUGUCACACCCAAGCUGUUGGUCGACCUUCUAGCCUCUGACAAGUCCAUCUCUUUUGAGGGCUGUGUGGUCCAGAUGACCUUCUUUGUGAUGCAUGCGACAGCUGAGAGCUUCCUGCUGGCCUCCAUGGCCUAUGACCGCUUUGUGGCCAUCCGCCGACCCCUCCAUUACAGCUCUGUCAUGACCAAGGGAACCUGUCUCCAGCUGGUGGCUGCUUCCUACACAUUUGGUGGAGCUAACUCCACUAUUGAGACCGGGAAUGUCUUUACCCUGCCCUUCUGUGGGCCCAACCACUUAACACACUACUUCUGUGACAUCAAACCCCUUCUCCGCCUGGCUUGCGCCAACACAGCUACAGCAGGACUGGUCCUCUAUAUUUUAUCUGCUCUGGUUACCCUUCUGCCUGCUGCCCUCAUCCUCACCUCCUACAGCUUGGUCUUGGUGGCCAUCGGCAGGAUGCGCUCGGCAGCUGGGAAGGAGAAAGCCCUCUCCACGUGUGCCUCCCACUUCUUGGCCAUUGCCAUCUUCUACAGCACUGUGAUCUUCACCUAUGUCCAACCUCGCGGAUCCACUGAUGAUACCAGUGGCCAGAUAGUGUCUGUCUUCUACACCGUCAUAAUCCCCAUGCUCAACCCCUUCAUCUACAGCCUCCAGAACAAGGAGGUGAAGGACGCCCUGCAGGGGACGCUGCAGGGCAGCAUCGCUCCCUGCUGA